UCUAGUGCACACUUUCUCUCCCCUUCUUAACCUAUAAUUUCAUGCAGGCACCAUAUUGAACGAUCGUAUUAUCCCCUGUUUUCUCUCCUAAUUUUGUGUUGCCUCAUUGUUUUUCACCGGUUUUUGAUCCAGUCGGGGGCGGGUAAUUUUCUAGACGAGAGAGAGGAAGUGAAAGGGAGGGCGGACGCCACCCGUGGUACAGGCUAGCUCUGGCCCACCCGGGCUGACAAACACUUUCACCCUUGAGAGUAUAAAGUUUGAAACAUUUUUGCCCCCUAGUCCGUAUCGCCCUCUCUAAUCAAUUCCUGCUGCAACGUGAGAAGUUCCAUUUGGUUUCGAUUCGGGUGCAGUGGACGAAGCCGAUCAAGUGAGCGGUGUCUGCUGUGUUGCCCACUCCGGAUAAUAAAGAAUUAUGGCGUCAGGUAGUUUGCUUGAGGCAUUUGAGCAGUGUGAUUUCGUGAGCGAUGCGGGCGGGGAAGCUUGUUCCAUACGAUGAAAUGAUGAGAUGAUGAGGUUUCUAAGGAGGCAAUGGGUUGAGAGAAUCGCAACUCUUUGCCAGGGACGGAGCGCGGGCAUGUGCAUAGAAAGCCGAGCUACUUUUGAAAAGCAAGGCAUAGAGUGGGAUGAGGAACAAUGCCGACUAUCAUGUGCGUAGUCCCUGUGGGGGCAAAUUCAGAUCAUUUCCUUCCUCGUUCCGUACUAUUUCCAACUACCUGCGCAGUGUCUCCGCUAAUGCAAGCAUCAUUGCUGCAUCCACCGUACGUCAGGCUGCUGUCUCAGCAGCCUCCAACGGUUCACUCAAUGAAGAUGAUCGUCAGCGGGAACAGGUCCAGUGGUCAAGCUUUGACAAGCUAGAGCUCAGCUCAGGCGAUAUUCGACAAAUCCUAUUAUUGGCAUAUUCAAAUGGAUUUCAAGUGUGGGAUGUACAAGACGCGAGUAAUGUGCAUGAAUUGGUCUCGCGUCGUGAUGGACCAGUUGCAUUCCUGCGACUUCAACCAAAGCCGAUACUUCAAGACGCGAUUGAUGGGUGUGCGAAUUUCAAGGGAACCCAACCUCUGCUGUUAGUUGUCACUUCAGAUGCCACAGGCGUCGGGAAUGCAGGUACUGCAGGUUUCGUGGGUGGCUAUGGUGCUGGUGGCGGGGGCAACAUUUUGAGUCUGAGAGCCUCACAUUUUGUGCCAACUAUCAUCCGGUUUUAUUCACUCCGUAAUCAUUCUUAUGUGCACACCUUAAGAUUCCGCACAGGUAUUCAUGCGGUGCGCUGCAGCUCUCGUGUCGUUGCAGUGGCUUUGGCUGCGCAGAUAUAUUGUUUUAAUGCAGGGACACUUCAGAACAUUUUUACCGUGCUUACUUAUCCAUCCCCAACUCCCACCCUAGGGUCCAAUCACUAUGGACAUGGUGCGAUGGCAGUUGGACCCCGGUGGCUAGCAUAUGCAGCCUAUCAACCUCUCAUGGCAACUACUGGCCGUGUGUCUCCACAGCAAUUGAUCCCAUCCCAAGGGGCGAGUCCAUCAACUUCUCCAGCCAACGGCAGUUUAGUGGCUCAUUACGCAAAAGAAUCCAGCAGACAUUUCGUUGCAGGGGUGAUGACGUUGAGUGAUAUGGGCAUGAAGACAAUAUCUCGAUACUGCUCAGACCUCAUGCCGGAUGGUAGCUAUUCUCCUUCAGGGAUGGGCAGUUCCAAUUGCAAGAACGGCAUCAAUGGCCACAGCCCUUGGCAAGGAGGCUCCUCCCCCGAACCAGAGUUUGCUGGCACCGUGAUCAUUCGGGAUAUCGUGAGCAAGAAUGUAGUGGCACAAUUUAGGGCGCACUCAAGCCCGUUGUCAGCGCUUGCUUUUGAUCCUAGUGGCACCCUCCUGGUCACUGCAUCUGUUUAUGGUCAUAAUCUCAAUGUCUUCCGCCUCACGCCUUCAUCCUCGACAGCUGGUGCUAACGGGACUGGUGGGGAUAUGAGCUCAACUUUUGUGCAUCUCUACAAACUCUCCCGUGGGGUCACAAAUGCUAUAAUCCAGGAUAUCAGUUUCAGUGGCGACAGCUAUUGGAUUGCUGUUAGUUCUUCGAGAGGAACCAACCACUUGUAUGCUAUAUCUCCUUUUGGAGGAGUGGUGGGACCACAAUCGCACGGAACAGUACCUAUUGAUGGGCUAAUCGGACCGUCUUUAACACAGGCCCCCGUUUUCCCCUGGUGGUCUAAUACAGGACCUCUGAGUCUGAAUCAGCAGGCACUUCAUCCCCCUCCUCCUGCUUUAACUCUCAAUGUAGUGGGUAGAAUAAAGAAUGGGAAUGGUGGAUGGCGGGGGACAGUAACUAGUGCUGCAGUGACGGCUACCGGCCGACCCAAUAUUCCUGCAGGCGCUGUGGCUGCUGUUUUUCAUGAUGGUGGUGGAGCAGUUGUGGAGUCAGGUGUUGGUGUCGGGACGUUGAAGGACCAACUCUGGGUUUUAUGUCCAACAGGGCAUCUUCUUCGGUAUUUGCUGCGUCCUGCAAUUGGAGGUGAGAGUGGCUACACCAAUGGCCUGCCACAAAUGGCUGGAAUGAGCACAACAGGAAGCCCUGGCCUUGCACAAGAGUUGAAGGUAGUUGUUGAACCUUUAGAGAGGUGGGAUAUUGCUCGUCGACCUAACUGGGUGGAGCGAGAAGAGAGAGUUGAGGGCCUAGGCGCACAUCAUGAAGAAGGCGUGCUGGCCAAUUCAGGAAGCGUAGCUAUUUCUGUAGGAGCUGUAGUUAAGGAAGGUACGACAACUGAAGAGAUGCAACGGUGGUUUAUGUCCAAUGCUGAACUGCAGAUGUAUCAAGCUAGACCUGUACCCAUCUGGGCAAAAUCUAAGAUACAAUUUCAUGUGAUGCUGUCGGGGACACCAGAGGAAUCUAAGGUUGAAGACUACCCCUCUGAAGAUGGGGUUGGAGAGACUGAGAUUGAAAGAAUUCCUACUCGGGUUGUCGAAGUACGAAAAAAAGAUUUGGUCCCUUUAAUUGAAAGGCUCCAAAUCUAUACAAAAGUACAGGAUUCUCGUGAUAUUAGUGUAUCAGAUACUUUGCCUGGAGUGUCUAAUGCUCAUGAACAGAUUCAUGGAGCUGAGGGUCCUCAAGAUGGAUUCAUUGGCGAAGGAUUGAAGUUCAUGCCUAUCCAACGUACCGAUAGUUGCAAUAGCUUAGGCUCAGAAGGUGCUCCAUUUACUGCUGGUGCAGGUGGUAUGAAUGGACAUCACCAGGGUUACCAAGAUUUUUCAGGGGUGGCAGUAGCGGACACUCCGUCAUCAUUUGGGUCACCUCCAUGUUUCCGUGAAGCUCAACAAGGGUUAGAGUCGCUGGUUAUGGGCAGAACUGAGCUAUCUCAUGGACCUUUAUUACAGUCCAAGGACGGUACCGUUAUCAUUUCAGGGGUAGAGCAAACAGAUUCGAGGGUGGUUUCAGACUACAUCAAGCCUGGUGUAUGUGCUCGGUUUUCUGAUUCCGACACAGGCGGGAAUGCAAAUCAUGACCAUCUUGAUCGUUCAAAUGUUGAUGGCGGACAAUCGGAGAUCAUGGGUGGUCAGCUUGGCCAACCCAUCGCCCGACUUGCCACUACGAUGACGAAUGCUAAAUCCGUAGCUAUCAUUGACAGACAAUCUGAAGACUCUAUAUCACAAGAAAAUGGUGGUGUAUAUCACAUCCGUUCGGAGGCUUUAGUAAAUGAGACAAGCUAUUGUGACUUGAUGCCAUCUGGUGAGGUGGUAGCGAAUGGUUGUCUUCCACAUGAUACUUCUCAGACUACGUCUGUUUUGAAUCCUGAAUUCGAAGCAGCGUUUCUCAUGGAUCUCGAUAGACAGCAUGUUGUGAUUGAUUGUCCCUUAAAUGGAAGACACAUGAAUGGGACGGCCGAUGAUGCUGACAGCGAGGCUACAGAGGGUGCUCAUAGUAAAAAUGAAGACAAUGAAGACGCUGGACAAGGGGAUGACAUAUGGGAGGGUCACGUGUUUCCUUUUUGUGAAGAUAGCUAGGUUUGAGGGAUGUGCUUCUACUCCGCCCUGUUUAUUGACAGUCCAGGCUCGAAUCGCCAAGCGAAGUGGCUCAUCCCAUGUCUUCGGUGAAGGUUGAUCCCUUCAUCAUUAUAUUUGGACUUUGCAGGCUGCAAAUGCUUUUUUUGAGGCCAAAAUGGUUGUUGGGACAAAAACAUACUAUAAUUAAUUUUAUGCAUCUGAUGAUAUUAGGGUGCCUUCAUUUCCUUGAAGGCUGGGGAAUUAUUCUAGCGAAAUUCUCGACCUGAAUUGGCAUCUGUUCAGAACAUGUGAGGAUUUGCAGCAGUUGGAGUUGUAGCACUUUGAAGUGCGUACUGGUGAAGUUAUUUGAAGGUUAUUUUAGUUUACUGGAUGUAAAAUAAAGCCAGCCAGCUCCCUUCCGUGGAUCAAAAUAGUGUAGAGAAAAUCCGAGAGGAAGACAGCUUCAUAGGAAGGUAUUCAAGGUAAUUUAAUGUCGAAUAAGCUGAAUCGGAGUUGAGUGUGACUCGUCAUGAAAUUGUAGGUUAAAUUUAAGAAGAGAAGUCAAGCAAUUUCAGGAAAUGUAAAAGUACAAAAACAAAAAGUGCUGUCUCGAUGGUUGUGGCAAGUGACUUUGAGUCCCUUGAUCUCGAUCUUGUAUAUAUCCCUGUUGUAAAGAAUUCACUCAUUUGUUCAA